AUGUUUGAUCAAUUGGCAUUUGUCCACACUUCUGGGCUUGUUAUUUGGCAGUCCACCAAGCAGCCAGACACCUACCCGAUUGAUCACCUUAUAACGCUGGUCUACGUUGAGAAGCGUGCUAUUCCGUCUCCAUAUGUACUGGAGGGCUAUGCCCUUCACUAUCUCUACAUCAAGGAGCUCUCUAUGUUUGCAAUUGCAAUUAUUAAGCAAGGGCUAACUGUGUCUGGAGCAGAGGAUAUACUGCUUGCAAUGACACACCUUUUCAUCAAGGAGUAUGAGGCCAGCAUUCGUGUGCUUCCAGUAGAGUAUGCAAAGGAGACGUAUCAAUCAUUUGAUGCCCAGUACGACGGAAAUCUUAAGUCGCUUAUUUCAACUGGGAAAACUCUCCAUGAACGGGGCUUGUCAGUACAACAGACUAACCAAGAAUCUACAGCUAAAGACACCGCUCAAUUGGAUCCAGAUAGUAUCGGAGACAAAGUGGUUGACUUAUCUGCUGAUGCUGCUUCUAUUAAUCUAGAAGACGUUAAAGCUAAGAUUAAGCAAAUGGCUUUUGAACGCCAGGAGAGUCUACGUGCCUCAAAGAGGCUGUCUGGCCUACCUGAUAAGAAGAGUAAUGAAACCACUCCUCAGGCUAAGAGGAACGAUCGGCAAGUCGAUGAAUUCUUGCAGUACUCUAAAGUCGAAACUACAAAGUCUUCAGCCGCGAACAUCAUAGCAGAACCAGAGGUCUCGCAAGCUAGUAAGCCCUCUUCCAUUUCUGAUGCAAAGCACAUCACGUUCACGCCUUCCAGAGAAGCCGUAUUUGGAUUGUUCAAUAACAAAAAAGAACUGACAAGCAAUGACGUCGAGAAGCUUCUUUCUUCAUUGAGGCAAGCGCUUAUUAAUCAGAAUGUUGCAUCAGAUGUUGCUGAUGAGCUACUUAAGGGAGUGUCAGCCAGCCUAGAAGGAGAAAAGGUCGGGCUCUUUUCUAGAACCAAGUCCGUGGUCAUCCAGGCACUCAAAGACAGCAUUAGAAAGAUAGUUCAGUUCGAGGACCGGUUUCUUAUGAAAAGAAUUUUAGCUUCGAAGGAGGAACGUGCAGCCGGACAACGGUCAAGGCCCUAUGUAAUAUGCAUGACUGGCGUGAACGGAGUUGGGAAAACGACAUCGAUAGCCAAGCUAUUAUAUAUUUUCAAGAACAACGGGCUUCGCUCGUUGGUCUGUGCUUGUGAUAGCUUUCGUUCCGGAGCUGUCGAGCAGCUUCAGGAGCACUGUAAUAGAUUGGGAGCCACCCUCUAUUCUCAAGGUUACGGUAAAAACGCAAGCGCUAUAGCUAAGUAUGGGAUAAAGGAGGCGGAGUCUUUAAACUAUGACAUAUGCUUAAUAGACACUACAGGAAGGCAGUACAACAACGGCCCACUAAUGCAGGCUCUUGGCGCCCUGGUUCUAGAGAACGCACCAGAUGUGGUACUCUUCGUUGGGGAGGCACUCACCGGUAACGAGGGAGUAGAGCAACUAAAGCAAUUUGAUUGUGCACUUAAAAGCUACACAAAUAGCCGUGGCAUAGAUGGAAUCAUUCUAACUAAGUUUGAUACAUGUGGAGACAAGGUUGGCGCGGCACUCAAUCUCUGUUUCGUUUGCGAUCUCCCUAUACUCUAUGUUGGUACAGGCCAGAGCUACCCAGACUUUGGCGUGCUGGAUCCUUCACACAUAGCAGACUUAAUUGUGGGCAAGUAA